ACAGACUAUGCACCAAAAUUUUAUUAGAGAUUGGUUCCUUUACAUAACCAAUCAAUGAGCUAGUUGCAUUAUGACAUUUCCUGUCUUUAAAGAAAGGUUUCUAUUUUGGUACAUGGAAGUUAUCGCAUAGAGAAGAAGGCCAAAUCUUUCACUGCUCUGGGAAUACAAGGCAGGCACCUCUGAAAGAGCAGCAGAGGGCAAGAAGGUGUCAUGUUAUUAAGUUAUGAGUAACUAUACUCAAAGUACUAUGUCUGGAUAUGGCUACCCUGAAGAGUACAGAAUUUCAUCCCUGGUUUUUUACAGCUUUAUCUUCAUUACUGGCUUACUUGUCAACAUCACAGCACUUUGGGUCUUCAGCUGUUCCACCAAGAAGAGGACAACUAUAACUAUCUACAUGAUGAAUGUUGCACUGCUUGACUUAUUCUUUAUAUGUACUUUGCCUUUUCGGAUGCAUUACUAUGUGACACGCACUUGGUUCUUUGGAGAUGUCUUAUGCCAAGUUCUGAGCACUUUCACGGUCUUCUACCCCAGCAUUGCCCUAUGGUUGCUUGCUUUUAUAAGCAUCGACAGAUACAUGGCUGUUGUUCAGCCCAAACAUGCCAAGAAACUCAAGAACACAACCAAAGCUUUGAUAGCUUGUGCAGGUCUCUGGAUAAUGACUCUUGUGACAACCUCUCCACUGUUGUUCUUAUCUUCUGAUCCAGAUAAAACUACAAACUUCACCACCUGCGUUAAGAUGAUGGAUAUCAUCUACCUAAAGGAAGUUAGUGUGUUAAAUUUUUCUCGGCUGGUGUUUUUUUUCUUAAUCCCGCUCUUCAUCAUGAUUGGCUGUUACUUAGUUGUCAUUUACAGUCUCAUACAUGGAAGAACUUCCAAGUUAAAGCCAAAGGCUAAAGAGAGAUCCAUUAGAAUUAUUGUGACACUGAUCAUCCAAGUGCUUGUAUGCUUUGUGCCUUUCCACAUUUGUUUUGCAUUUCUGAUGCUCCAAGAUGGACAUGUGAGCUACAAUCCGUGGGGCGCAUUUACUACAUUCCUUAUGAAUCUCAGCACAUGCCUUGAUGUCAUUCUGUACUACCUGGUUUCUAAACAAUUUCAGGCCCGGGUAAUCAGUGUCAUGCUUUAUCGCAAUUACCUUCGAAGCGUACGGAGGAAAAGUAUGCGAUCUGGUAGCAUGAUGUCAUUAAGCAACAUCAACAGUGAGAUGAUAUAAAAAGAAUAAAACUAUGCUAUCUUACUUAAACAAAAUAUGGCAGAGCUUAGAAUAAAUCAAAAUUAAUUGCAGCAUUUUGGCAAAGAAAUGAUUUUAUUAAUCCUAUCUCAAAACUGAUUUCCCCCAAUAACGAGGCAAACUGCUUUUAUAUGAAAUGCAUCAAGAUUUCCAAUAUUUAUUAAAUUCCACUUUGUAUUCAUUAUUUACUUAUUAUUUUCUUCUCUUUCCUGCUUUGCUAUUAACCUUUUAUUAUGUUACUUUCUAGAAACUGCACAAUUUAAUACAGUAGAAUUGGUAUGAGACACAGAUAAAAACUAUAUUAUUAGGAUGUUCAAAACACUGCCAACAAAUUGACACAUGUAGGAAACUUUGUUUCUAAAUCAAACAAUUCAUUUGCAAUAAAUAUUUAAGCAACCACA